AUGCAACAGGAGAUCACAACACUUGAAGCUAACGGGACUUGGGAGCUCGUUUCCUUGCCACCUGGGAAACAUGUCAUUGAUUCCAAAUGGGUUUUCAAAAUAAAAUAUUUGCCGAGUAGAGAAAUUGAUUGCUUUAAAGCCCGUUUGAUUGCUCAUGCAAAAUGCAACUCAUUUGUAUGCCAAUUAGAUGUCAACACUGCUUUUCUUCACGGCGACCUUGAUGAGGAAUGGGUGCUUCAUGACUUUGGGAGGAUCACCAGUAUCAUGGAGGACAAAGAAACAACAUGUUGUGGCCAGAUCGUCAGUAGAGGUGGAAACCGGGCAAUGGCACUUGCUGUGAGUGAAGUGAUUUGGUUGAGGCUCAGUAAAGAAGAUGAUUAUCCUUAUGUUAGGGAAAAGGGUUAUUGCAAAGCUGAAAAGCAAAGUGUUGUGAAAAUAAAUGGCUCUGAAAGUGUAGAACAGUCGGAUGAUUCUCUCAUGCGUGCCAUCGCUAGUCAACCUAUUACGGUGGGUUUGGAUGCAACAGCACUUCAAUUUUAUCAGGGCGGAAUUAUUGAUGGUGAAAAUUGCCCCAUGGGAACUCAGCCAAAUCAUGCAGUUUUGAUCGUCGGAUAUGAUUCGAAAGAUGGAAAAGAUUAUUGGAUUGUGAAGAAGUCAUGGGGAGAAGAUUGGGGAAUGAACGGAUACUUCAUGAUUCAAAGGAAUUCAAAUGCACCAAAUGGAGUGUUGUUAUGA